UGUCCCUUGGAGGGUUCCCGCUUGAUUCGAAGAUGCAGUGCUACCGAUGUCUUCUAAAAGACUGAAGCGGCUUAAUGUACCGAGGGAAGCGCUUGAAAGACUCACACAGCAUAAUAUUGGAUCAUGUCGUGGCGUCUUAUCACGGUCGACACUGGAGUUGUUGAAGCUGACGGGGUGUGGCUACCUCACAGUCACAGACAUCAUCGACCAGUGCUGCCACUCUUGCAUUCCUCCAGCUGUCACAGCCCUGCAACUAUGGCGUGGCCGCAGUGAGAGCAGGUCUGCCUUCCUUCCCACAACUCUACCUGACCUGGACAUGGUUCUCCAUGGAGGGCUGCCUGUUGGGACGAUCACAGAGAUAGCGGGACCUUCAGGCUGUGGGAAGACCCAGUUCAGCAUCAUGUUGAGCGUCCUGUCGGCCAUGUCGGAAGGUUCCCAUUCAGCAGUGAUCUACAUCGAUACUGAAGGGGCUUUUAGUGCAGAGAGACUCGUAGAAGUAGCAAGAUCAAAAUUCCCAACACAUUUCCAAAAUGAGCGUGACAUUGUGGAUCUUGCAAAUCGGGUGUAUGUUGACUCAAUACAGUCAUGCAGCAGUUUGAUGAAAAGGUUGAAGAGUUUAGAGGAAGACAUCAUCACUAAGAAGGUCAAGUUAAUUGUGGUGGACUCGAUCGCCUCCCUUGUACGGAAAGAAUUCAGUACAUCCAUUGGACAGAAUCUGACAGACCGCACCAACUUCCUGUCCCAGGAGGCCGCCAUCUUGAAAUAUGUUGCCGAGGUUUUCUCCAUCCCAAUUGUGGUCACCAAUCAGAUUACAACACGAUACGGCCGACCAGAUGCAGUGGGGGACUGUGAUAAUGAUGGCAGUAGCAGCGUGACAGCCGAGGGAGAUGGAGGCUACGUGACGGCCGCACUUGGCAACACCUGGAGUCACAGCGUCAACACCAGACUCAUCCUGCAGUACCUAGAUGCUGACAGGAGACAGGUGCUGGUAGCCAAGUCGCCUGUUGCCCCCUUCACAUCUUUCACCUACACAGUGCAGAAGCAGGGCAUCGUACAGGAAGAUGAUGGUGCCGGCCACUACCAUGGAACAGAUCCCAGCAUGCAACACAUCCGAGUCAGAUCCUCACUUCCCAUACAGGCGUCUCAAGUCUGAAACUGCCACAUUGACAAUGCAAUACAUCCCACUCACAGGCAUGCAACAGGUUGGUUGCCCUAUCUGGUCUUGGGAUCGGACUACUGUACUGUUUGAGGCCCUGCACUUGGGCAAAUUGGCCUAGAAACAUAUUGGAACAAGAAAUAAAAAUGGUUUAGCUACACAUUUUCCAGAUGAGCGCAAGUACAACCUUGUCAGGGCUUUCGUGAAGCAACAUGUUAUCAGAAAGUUGGACAGACCCGGAUGUCCAUGAUAGCCAUGGCUUCAGAACUCACUGUGAACUGUUGGUGUUGAAAAGUGGUGUCGUAAUAGUAUGGUGUGUUUCAAUAUUGUACUUCAGUGUUUUGAGAUUAAAUUAUUUUUUCCAA